AUGUCAGAAAAAUAAUAAAAUUCACUUCCUUAUCAAGAGCUUUCAAAUCUUAAAGAGAAUUAAAAAUUUUAGAAUUUUGAAAGAGCAUUGCCAAUUAAAGAUUUUUUACUUUAGAUAGAUGACAGAGAUUAUGAUAAUGAAUUUUAAUAUCUCAAACAAAUUACUUAAACUAGAGAACAUGAUAGAUUAUUUUAUAGAGAUGCAUAGAUAUAGCAUUUAAAUAGAUAUGCUGAUAUCCUUCCUUGUAAAUAUUAAUUAAUAAAUUAAGAUGUUCAUUCUAUAGUAAAACCUUAAUUAGAUAUUUAAGAUAAAACUUAUUACAUUAAUGCAAAUUAUAUUAGAGAUAUAAACAAUUGGGAAAGGAAAUAUAUUGCUACCUAAGGUCCUUUAAAGUAAUCAGUUUAAGAUUUUUGGCAUAUGAUAUGGACUAAUAAUGUGGGUGUAAUAAUAAUGUUAUGCAAAUUAUUUGACAGAUAACGAGUAUGCUGCAAGAUAUUUACUUUAGAUCUAAUGCGAAAGAUAUUGGCCAUCUGAUUAAGCAAUUUAUGGGCCUUAUUAAAUUGAUAAAAUUUCAUGUUAAGAAUCAAAUAAGGAAGUAUUUGAAAGUAGUCUAAUUAUGAAAUCAAAAUAGAAAUAGCAUUAAAUAAGUCAUUAUUAAUGGUGUGAUUGGCCAGAUUUUGGAAUUGUUAAAGAAGAUUCAUAUUAAGUUCUUGACUGGUUGGCUGGAAUAGCAAAUGAAGCAGCAUAAGAUAAUAAAAUACCAGUGAUUCAUUGUAGUGCAGGAGUAGGUAGAACAGGAACAUUUUUAGCAAUUUGUCAUAUAAAACAGUUACUUAUUAAAAAUGAUGCCUAAAUUUCAAUUUUUAGUAUAGUAAGAAGAUUAAGAGAAUAAAGACCAUUUUUAGUAUAAUCAGUGUAAUAGUAUGAGAUGAUUUAUAAAUAUACAAUUUGGUUGUUGAAGAAUUUGAAAUAUAUGUGA